AUGUCGGUUCUAGGGAGGCGCGGAGCUUGCGAGCUUCGAGCUUUGGCUUCUUCUAGCUCAACUUAUACUGCGAGCGCUUUGCGGCCCUUUUCUAAUCUCAACCGGCCACAGCCAAAUUAUCCCGGCCAUGUCCCAUUGACUACUAUUGAGCGUGGUGCUCUAGCUGUUGGUUCAGCGAUUGGGUCUCUGAUUAACCCACGAAGAGCAGACCUAAUUGCAGCCCUCGGCGAAGCCACCGCAACUCCAUACUUCAUUUACCGUCUCCGAGACGCAAUGCUCUCCGAUCCAACCGGUCGACGCAUCCUCCGCGAUCGACCCCGCAUCACCUCCGAAACUCUCCAAAUGUCCUACCUCCGCACACUCCCCGAGAACUCCGUCGGCCGCACAUACGCUACUUGGCUUGACCGCGAGGGCGUGUCCCCAGAUACUCGCGACAACGUGCAAUAUAUCGAUGACGAGGAAUGCGCCUACGUUAUGCAGCGGUACCGCGAGUGCCACGACUUUUACCACGCGGUGACGGGGCUGCCGAUCUUCGUGGAGGGCGAGCUUGCGCUGAAGGCGCUGGAGUUCUUGAAUACACUUCUUCCCAUGACGGGUCUGAGUUUGUUUGCGUUUAUUCGGAUGAAGCCUGCUGAGAAGGAGCGCUUUUUGACGUUACAUUUGCCGUGGGCGGUGCGCAGUGGGCUGGGUAGUAAGGAGUUGAUCAAUGUUUAUUGGGAAGAGGUGUUGGAGAAGGAUGUGGAUGAGCUCCGGGCUGAACUCCAUAUUGAGCGGCCGCCGGAUUUGAGAGAGAUUCGGAAAAUGAUCCGGCAGCAGCAGAAGCGGGAGAAGGAGAGACAGGGGCAGAUGUCGAGCUAA